AUUACUCUAUUUUUUUAAUUUUUUUAAAAUCUUUUUAAAAAAUAUAAAUACAGAAUUAUGCAAAAGAAAGGAAAAAAAAAGUAUUUUCACUUUUCUCUACCUUUCGAUCUGAUCGCUCGCGAAAAUUAGGGUUUCGUAAUUUUUCUCUAACUGGAAGAUCAAGAACAAGUAGAAUUUCUCUAUCUGAUUUAACUUGUUGUAACAUCAUGAAGCCGCGAAAGUCUUCUUUGAAUCCAUAUGCAGCCGCUUAUGUACCUGUCUCCAAAAGGGAUGCUAGUGUUAGAUUUUAUGCGACGGAAGAGGACAAUAACGGUGCACAGGAAUAUGAUGGGACUGUAUGGUUUCAGCCUCCUCAAUAUAGGACGAAUGAUGUUGAGAAAAACGCCCAAAGGCUUGCUCCGGUGAAAGCUCAGCCUGCGUCUAGUUCUUACUUUUCAUCGCCACAGAGUGUAACACAGCUGACAGAGAAUCAGUAUAUGGAUGAAGAGCUGGAUAUAGAUUUGGAAUAUCUUAGGAUGACAUUUCCUGGCAUAUCUGAUGAGUCCCUUGUAGAUGUCUACAACGUAAACAGUGGUGACCUGGAUGCUGCUAUUGACAUGCUCAGUCAACUUGAGUUCGAUGAUGCUGUUGACGCUUCUGGAAGUCUGCCAGAGACGCUGGAUAUUGGUGAUGUUUCAGAGCCUGUAUUGCCAGUUGAUUCUGCUUCAUCAAAACAGAAGAAUGCAACAGCUGGAGCCAGUACUUCAUUUGGUCACUCAUGAAUUGAUUUCCAGAUGUGAAUGGUGAAUUGAUUUGCUACUCACAAUUGGUUUGGUCGGAUAUAAAUAGUGUAAAACAGGAAAUUUUACUUUAGGUGAAGACGUUUCACAUGUGUCAGUUUUAUAGAUUGUAUAGUCCUCAGCUGCGUCUUGUUUUGGUUAAUAUGGUUUGAAAUGUUUUCAUUUUUGAUGAGUUGCUUGUGCCUCUCACAAUUGUGCAGCUUUCAAUUGUAUGAAUUUGAAGGCCAGCGAAAACCAAGUUGGCCAAAAGAGUUAGUAGGAAAAUACACAUCCAAGUGAAGGUGAUUUUCCCUUUGGGAUAGAUAGGUGGCUUAUUGACUGCCUGAAUUGUACCGUGGUGAGCAACUUUGGGGCUUUUACAAAAGAUAUAAUACAUUAGUUUUAUUUGCCUUC